AGUACUAAGAAAUAACAAAAACGGAAUACUUCAGCCCUGGCUUGCGACGCAAAAUAAAGAAAUUUACUGCUUUUAACUAAAAUUGCUAAGAUAAAACCAUAAAUCCAGCAGAACCAGUCACUGCAAUCCCGCAAUCAUGGCCGCCCUGGCCAGCUUGACCGCACAGUACACGGACUCCGAGAACGAAGGCGAUGCCAGUCCGGACUCCCAAAACUCGACAGCGUCUCAGGUGAUCAUACCCAAGCGUCCAUCGCCCACGCCAGUCAAGGAGGAGACGAGGCCCAAAAAGUCCAAGAAGAAGAUGAAGCGCGCCAAGAAGGUUCGGCGUCUGGUGAGCUACCAGGACGACACACUGAUUUCCGACGAGGAGGAGGACCGCGCCCAAGAGCUCAGCGAGGAGGAGUCCAGCAGCGACAGCGAUAACUCCGCGGGUGAAAGCGAUGGUGCCAAGGCCACGAGCAGCGCCAAGGGUGAGGGGGAAGGUGAGGGUGCAGCCAUGGAGAUUGACGACGACUCCAAUGCCUACCAGCCCGAUGAGCGCACGGCGGAGAGCUACGAGAAGGAUCCAAAGUAUGCCAAAUACAAAUUCCAGCUGCCGCCAGAGCCCAAGGGAAAGCCGUCGCCGGAGCUGGUGUGCAAGAUAACCAAAAUGUACACGAAAAUGCGACAGACCAACAUGGACAUGAAUCGGGUCAUACAGGACCGCAAGGAGUUCCGCAAUCCCAGCAUCUACGACAAGCUGAUCAGCUUCUGCGACAUCAAUGAGUUCGGCACCAACUAUCCGCCCGAGAUCUACGAUCCGCUGCGGUGGGGCGAGGAGUCCUAUUACGAGGCCCUGUCGGCGGUGCAGAAAACGGAGAUGGUCAAGCGGCAGAAGGAUCGCAAGGAUGUGGACAAGGUGGAGCAGGCCACGGCGCUGGCACGCAAGGUAGAGGAGGAGGCCAAAAAGCGCAAAUCCAAGUGGGAUCAGCCGGCGUCUUCGUCCACCGUUAAGCAAACGCUGCCUGCUCUGACCACCACAGUGACGGGCACCAAGGGCACGGUCAUAUCUGCUUUCGGCUCUCUACCCAAGAAGCCAGCGGCUUAGUUCUUUAGCUUCUACACCUAGUAUGUUUCAUUAUUUCCGUCUAUAAAAGAAAAUAUAUGUAAGAUGGAUGCGUUAAAUGUUAAAUGAAGGUGACGACUAUUCAACUAAGAUGACUGAUGCAAGUGAUAGAUAUGGUCGUCAAUUGUUGUUUGUAAUUAAAGAGGAAAGAUCCG